AUGGAGGAGCCCCAGUCAGAUCUCUGCACCGACCUCCCUCUGAGUCAAGAGACGUUUUCGUACUUAUGGGAACUCCUUCCUGAGAAUCCAGUUCUGUACUCCCCUGACCUUAACAAGCUGUUUUGCCAACUGGCAAAAACAUGCCCGGUGCAGCUGUGGGUCACCUCACCACCCCCACCCGGCAGCCGUGUUCGCACCAUGGCCAUCUACAAGAAGUCAGAACAUAUGAUGGAAGUCGUGAAGCGCUGCCCCCACCAUGAGCGCUGCUCUGACUAUAGUGAUGGGCUGGCCCCUCCUCAGCACCUUAUCCGGGUGGAAGGAAACCAGCGUGCCGAUUAUCAAGAGGACAACGUCACUUUGCGACACAGUGUGGUGGUGCCCUAUGAGCCACCUGAGGUUGGCUCUGACUGUACCACCAUCCACUACAACUUCAUGUGUAACAGCUCCUGCAUGGGGGGCAUGAAUCGAAGGCCCAUCCUCACCAUCAUCACACUGGAAGAUUCCAGUGGUAAUCUGCUGGGACGUAACAGCUUUGAGGUGAGGGUUUGUGCCUGUCCUGGGAGAGACAGGCGCACAGAGGAAGAAAAUUUCCACAAGAAGGAGGAGCCUUCCCCCAAACCACCUCCUAGGAGCACUAAGCGAGCACUGCCCCCCAGCACCAGCUCCUCUACUCAGCCAAAGAAGAAACUACUUGAUGAAGAAUAUUUCACCCUUCAGAUCCGUGGGCGUGAACGCUUCAAGAUGUUCCUGGAGCUGAAUGAGGCCUUGGAGCUGAAGGAUGCGCAGGCUGGGAAGGAGCCAGAAGGGAGCAGAGCUCAUUCCAGCCUCCCGAAAUCUAAGAAGGGACAAUCUACCUCCCGCCAUAAAAAAACUAGUUUCAAGAGAGAGGGGCCUGACUCAGACUGA